GAAAAAUUCAUUGGAAAGCGUCGGAACCGAGAGUUUAUCGUCAGGAUAGCGACAACAACAAGGGCCACGGCACUACUAUAGCGUAUAUAGUACAUCGAGUGCUAGUCCUAAACGUCUAUCGUUAGGUGUAACGAGUCAACAUGCAAAUUGCCUGCGCCGGUCCCGCAGUCAAAUCCAGCUCCAGAAUCCUUGCCAGGCAUCCUCAUCAUCAACAACAUCGUCAUCAUUGGAGGCAGUGGAACGCGAACGCACCGUAGAGCCAACAGGGCGCAAUAAAAAUUGCCUAUAAAUGGGCGGAAGUGCCAGAGGCGUGGGGAGGAGGGGCGUGGUCCUGGAGCAGGAUGUACGCACAAGGACGUCAGAGGGGGAGCGGAAGAAGGGGGUCGAUGCCAAACAGCAGCACAACAAUGCCAAGCUUCCGCUUAGGAUGCGCUCGAACGGAAGUUAUUUUGGCCGCCUGAACGUGAGCGCGCUGCUCAUCUACUUGUGGUGCUAUCUGCUCCUGGUUAUGGCAGCAUCUGGCGGCAGCAACCACGUGGUAAAUGGCCUCAAAUGCUACUGCAAUCCGAAGGAGUGCGACGUGAUCCGCUCACCCGACUGCCCCGGAAAAGGACUAAUGCUUUGGGAUCCCUGCAAAUGUUGCCGCAUAUGCGCCAAAACUUUGGGCGAAUCCUGCGGCGGCCCGGGCGGAUUUUCCGGUCAAUGUGAGCCGCCCUUGCAGUGUGUGACCAAGCUGCCCAUUAGCAGCGGAUUGGGCGUGUGCAUGGAUUUGCAGCACCUGACCGCACUGACCUACAGUCAGCACGAUAAUUGUUCCGACAGCGAUUCGAUUGUUUUGGAGCCGGGCUGCGAGAUCACCAAUAAACGCUGCCAGUGCUGGCCAACUAUGCGCACCUGUCUCAGCGAACUGACCAGCGAUGGAGGAUCCCCCGACGAUUCUCGCUGGCACUUUAAGAACCUAGAGGACUGCCAGCUGAACUUACAAAACCUAAUAAAACUCGAACAGGAAUUCGAUGAAGACUACAAAAUCUCACCGAGCAAAUUCACAUACAAAAAACUGCGCAGAAAGCGAAAAUCUCUAAGGAAACGAAUCAUCAUCUUGAAGGAUUGAGGCCUGAAGACUCCAUUGCGAUUUUCCACGCUCUCAGCUCUUAACUCAAUAAAACAAAAUGAGAAAUCUCUGUACAGAUAGUAUGCUUACUUCUAACUAAUUAUAUGGCUAUUAUAAAUAACGUACAUAUACAACAACAUAUACAUAUACAAGAGGAAAAAGUACAUAUGAGAAAUAGACAAAAUGUAUGCAUCCUAAGACAUUUGUUACUUUAUUGUUUUUAGAACGCGCGUACGUAUGUAUAAAUUUGCAAUUUUUAUUCCUACUGCCCCCGAAAAGAAAAUAUACAAAACAAAAAAUGGAAAACAUUUACAAAAUGUUAUUGCUUUAAAAAAAUAACAAUUACAAAAUGUGCAAGGUGUUGGAAUUUCCCAUAGGCCUAAGUCAAGCCAUUCAAUACACAAUAAAGCCGAAUGACAAAUUUUGCUAAC